AGGCCGGGGAGGGCUGCACCGCACAGGAAUAGGGCGCAUGGCCUCUUGGCUGGUGGUGCAAGGCGCGCCAAGCCAGAGGAAGGAGGCGCCGGGGGCACCCCGGGGACAAGGGAAUCCCUGGGAGAGGGCUGAGAAGGGGCUCAGAGGAGAUGCCCGGGACCCUCAGGGAGGAGCGGGGGCAUCUGCGCCCCAAACACGCAACAAGAAAACCGCACCCACUGGCGCCCAGGAUUUGCUGCUGUCUCUGCGUCCUCCCCACAGAGGCCCUCUUCUCUCUCCCAUCACAAGAUGGCAGCCAGCAGCUCUGAAGUCUCUGAGAUAAAGCGGGUAGAGGAGGGUCCCCAGACCCAGGGCGAAAGGCCUGGCCAUUCUGAGGCUGGAACUGGCCCUCUCCAGGUCCCAGCUGGGGUCCCGGAUGAGCCCGAGGCCCUGCAGCCAGGUCCAGACAUCACUGUGGACCCUGUGGACUCAGAGCCCAAGGCUGGGCCAGCUCCAGAAAACACAGAGACCCCAACAGGGGCCCCAGACACAGCCCAGGCCAAAGACCUUAGCUCAAGCCCAGGAGGGGAACCACAGGCCAACUCCAGGCCCAAAGAAGUAUGCCAAGAGCCAGCCUCCAAGCCAGAAAUGAGCAAAGAGGCCACUGCAGACCAGGGGUCGGACCUGGAAUCUGAGGGCCUGCGUGAGCCAGCCUCACAGCCCACACCCCAGCGGGACCUCCAGUCAGGUUCUCAGCCCACUCCCAAGCCAGCCCUGCAGCCGGAGCCCCCUACCCAGGAGGACCCCACCCCUGAGUUCUUGACUGAGAGUGUGGAGGACAAACAAGAGAAUGGGGCAGUCGUUCCCCUGCAGGCUGGCGAUGGGGACGAGGGUCCCGCCCCCCAGCCUCAUGUAUCACCCUCAACAAAAGCCCCCCCAGCCAAUGGGGCUCCUCCCCGCGUGCUGCAGCAGCUGGUUGAGGAGGACCGAGUAGGAAGGGCUCACAGUGGGCAUCCAGGAUCUCCCCGAGGUAGCCUGAGCCGCCACCCCAGCUCCCAGCUAGCAGGAUCUGGGGUAGAGGGGGGUGAAGGCACCCAGAAACCUCGCGACUACAUCAUCCUCGCCAUCCUGUCCUGCUUCUGCCCCAUGUGGCCUGUCAACAUUGUGGCCUUCGCUUAUGCCGUUAUGUCCCGGAACAGUCUGCAGCAGGGGGAUGUGGAUGGGGCCCAGCGUCUGGGUCGAGUGGCGAAGCUCUUAAGCAUCGUGGCGCUGGUCGGGGGGGUCCUCAUCAUCAUCGCCUCCUGUGUCAUCAACUUAGGCGUGUAUAAGUGAGGGGCUCUGCCCUGCAUUCCAAGACUUUUCUUCCUGUUGGGAGCUGUCUUGGGCCCAUCCUCCCCUGCUCCCCGGCCGGGAGCCCAAUCGAUGGCCCAGGCCCGCACCCAUAGGGACCAAGGGAGCCUGAGCAGCCUUGUUUACAGCUUCUGUCCUGGUCCUGCAUCUUGCCAGGCUCCUCUGCCAACCGUAGGCCUCUCUUCUCCCUGCACUGUUUCCCGUCUCCCUGCACUUCUGCCUGCAGCCAGUCCAGCCUCUCAGCCUCUCUGUCCCUUGCACUUCUGGAAACCUCCCUCGACAUCUCCCAAACUCUCAGCCUCCCUGCAUUCCUCCCAUCUUGCACUUCUCCAAACCUCCCAAAUUACCUGCACUUCAAACCUGGUCUCCACCCCCGACUUUCAUUGUCUUGCCAUCUUCCCCCAUUCCUUUAUUCCUCCUCUCCUGUAUCAUCUCUCCGUCCCUCUCCACACCCUCUUCCCUGUUCCUCUUCCUGCCUCAUCUCCCCUCAGCAUCCUUUCCUCCCCUAAGGAUCCUCUCCUGGUUUUUCUGCUGUCACUGAUUAUUCUGCAAAAACUCCAGCACUUAGAGCAGGCUGGGAAAGGGCAGCAAUGCCGGGAGAGGACCCUGUAGCCCAGGGCUGUUCUCUGCUGGGACGACCCAGGUCCGGAUGCCUCCAGGGCGCCCCGGGGUCGCAGAGCUGGCCGGCUGGGGGUCCCCUGGGGACUUGUGCAGGCGAGGUGAGCGCAGUUCAAACACCCGGGAGGAGGGAGGGGCAGCUAUUGCCCCGCCCCGGUCGGCCCUAAUUUACUGACCUGCCCCACCUGGGCUUUUAAACCCGGUCGGCAAGUGUCUUCAAGGCAGACUGGGGUGACUCACGUGCUUCGUAACGAAAGAACCCCCAAAUAGGACCAAAGCUACAGCCUCAAGGAGCGAAGGAGGGACGGGGCGCCGUAUAAUGAUUUUCUAAGAGGAGGGAAGUGUGUUGCACGCGACAUUCCGCUAGGGAGGCAGACACCGAGCUACAACGCGGUUUGGAGUUAGCGGGUUUUUUGUUUUCUGAAAAAAAAGAAAAGAAAAAAGAAAAAAAAACCCUAAAAAACUAAAAGUCUACCAAAAAAAAAAAAGAAUACAUUAAACUAAUUCUCCCUUUUUGUAUGCCGGAUGCUGCAUGAGUCUGAAACACCAAUAAACGGAGACUGCAUGAAACUCG